GUAUAAAUCUAGUUUAGCGCCCACGCAGUUUUCUAAUUUUUUUUCUACCAGAUAGAUAGGUUUUUUUACGCUGAGAACGAUGGUGCAAUCAGAAUUGAGCGGUCGAAUUUAGUUUUUGAGUUAUAGCACUUGUAAAUUUUGCAAAUGUUCUAUGUUGUGUUAAAUGACUCAUUAUGGCGAUUCGCUUUGUAACUGGUCGUGGCGUAAUGGCACUGUGGACUUGUACCUAUACUUCCGAUUCGGGUUCGAUUCAGUCCAAGACAAUAGUUUUUUUUGCAUUUUUUCCCAAUGUCGAUUGAUAAAAUGGUAACCCAAACUUUUCGUUAUUUCAAUAUCAUACGCGUAAUUGUAAUUUAAUGUUAUUUUGAUUUUCGUUAACGAUUGUACGAAUGUCAGUAUGCGGAUAUUAAAUUUUAAAUGGUUUAAGAUAAAGAGAUAUUAUGUUUUCAACUAUAGAUAAAAUAUAAUACCUUUUUAUUUUUGGUUCAUAGCUGUUUCUUACUCGGUUAACGUAACACGUACUAAAAGAAAUUCUUAAGUUUUUUCUUCAUUUAAUAAUGUGGUCUGUUGUUAAAUUAUUUAAAUUGUUUUAGUGUAAUGAAGAUGGUCCGUUGUCAAUGGUAGUUAUUGAACAACUUCAAUCGUGGGGUCUAAUUGCCAAAAACAAAAGCCUUAAGUGUAAAAAUGGUCAUUUUGCUAAAUUGUGCCCGCAUGCAGAUUACACUGAUGGAUUUGUUUGGAGGUGCAGAGAAAGGUUUUCUAAAAAUAAUAAAAAAAUGGUUAAUUGUGAUUUUAAACAGUCAAUACGGAAAGACACGUUCUUUGAAAAAUCACACUUGUCGAUUUAUCGCAUCGUUAUGUUUUCAUAUCUAUGGACGGAGAAUGUGUCUCUUACUUUUAUUAAAAGUCAAAUAGAUAUAGCUCAACAAUCCGCCGUUGAUUGGGCAUCUUUUCAUCGAGAAGUUGUCUUCGAUGGAAUGAUUUUACGCCAUGAAAAAAUUGGUGGUGUUGGCAAAAUUGUUGAAAUCGACGAGUCGAAAUUUGGUCGUCGAAAGUAUUAUAGAGGCCAUCGAGUAGAGGGCCAAUGGGUUUUUGGUGGUGUAGAGCGGGUAACUGGCAAAUGUUUUUUAGUACCCGUUGAACGGCGUGACAAAGAUACGUUACUGGCAUUAAUUAAAGAAUGGAUUUUGCCCGGUACAUUGGUCAUUAGUGACUGUUGGAAAAGUUAUGACUGCUUAAAAGACGAGGGUUAUGAACAUUUAACAGUUAACCAUUCAAUCCAGUUUAAACAUCCCGAUACAGGCGCGCACACUAAUAAUGUAGAGGGGAUGUGGCGUCAUGCUAAGGCAUCUAUGGGCCAGUACUCGCGGAAAAAACGAUUUUAUGCCGGGUAUUUGGCCAAGCACAUUUUUUUGAAAUAUUGCCGAAAUUUGAAUUUGAACCCGUUAGAUGAAUUUUUUCGGUUGACGUCAUUGUUAUACGACCCUUCCAAACCGAAAACAGUGAAUGAUUCUGAUAAUGAAGUAGUGACAGAUACAUCGGAAUCAGAAUCUGAAGCAGAGUCUGAAAAUUAAUUUGGGUUUUUAUAAAAUAUAAUUAAAACAUAUUGUAUUAAUAUUAAUAUAAUUAAAAUAUAAUAUAUCUGUCCUUAUUUUAUUAGAUAUUUACCACUUUCAAUCAUAUACAAUAUUCCAAGCGUAAUAACACGCGCAGUCAAAAUUGUAUGCAUUUUACAUUUUUUUAAACGCAUUUUAACCCAAUGCCUACUUGAGGUGGCGUUGCAUAGCAAGUCGAGGGAUAUUUUCGAUUUGUGCGGA